GUGAAGAUCUGAGGGGGGUGCACAGCAGUCAUGCUAGGACAGGGGCAUUGCUGAGCUGUGUGGGGCUGCUUCCUGAGUCUCAGGGGUCUGUGCCUAUUCUGCAUCUGUGUCAUCUUUUGGGGCCCCGAUGUUCUCCGAUAACGCCCACUGCCCCGACUGUGGCCAGCAGUGGUUCCCCCGCCUAGAGCUGGGCCACUGGCUGUACCAGACAGAACUGGUAGAAAACGAGUGCUACCAAGUCUUUUUGGACCGUAUUAACAGGGCCGACUACUGCCCCGAGUGCUACCCUGAUAACCCCGCCAACCGGAGCCUGGUCCUCCCGUGGUCUUUCCCACUGGAAUGGGCGCCCCAGAAUCUUACCUGGUGGACCUUUGAAAAAGCCUGCCACCCCUUCCUGCUGGGCCCACCCCUGGUGAGGAAAAGGGUCCAUCACUCCCGGCUCGCUGGUCUGAACCCUGCUUUGCAGCUAAUCCUGACCAGAACGGACAAAACCUUGAACAAGAAACUCGGCCAGAGCAAAUAGUUUCUCUUGAAUAGUCACCGUUCUGGAAGUUUCUAGAGAC